AUGUUAUAUAUUACAUUCUUCACUGUUUCCGUCGCGGCCGCAAUCUCUGUGGUCAGCGCCUAUCCUAUCGAUGCAGAGGGUGUCCACUGCCGUUCGGGGCCUGGAACUGGUUACUCGAUUGUGAAGACCUACAAUAAGGGUAAAGAUAUCUCGAUUAAAUGUCAAGCUCCUGGGACCAACAUCAAUGAAGAUGUCCUCUGGGAUCUAACUGAGGACGGCUGCUAUGUAACCGACUACUAUGUGAAGACCGGUUCCAGUACCUAUGUGACCAGCCAAUGCCCUAGCGGCGGCGGAGGAGGAGGCAGCGGCAGCGACAGCGGCGCUAGUAUUGUCGAUGCCGCUGAGAAAGAGAAAGGUCUCCCAUACGUUUGGGGAGGUGGUGGAUGUAAUGGUCCUUCUGGAGGUGGAUUUGACUGUUCUGGCCUGACUCAGUACUCUGUCUGCAAGGCCUUGAACAAAGAAAUUCCGCGCACAGCUCAGACUCAAUAUGACUCGUCAAUGGGCAAACAUCUUCCCCGAUCAGAAGCUAAAGAGGGCGAUCUCCUCUUUUGGGCCGAGGGCGGUGACUGCAAAAACAGUGUAGCGCAUGUCGGAAUUUUCAUUCGAGAUGGCUUGAUGAUUAAUGCGGCUCACACUGGAACUCCAGUUCGAGAGCAGUCUAUCUGGACAACAUACGGAGGAGAGAGCAUUUGCCCUGAUGCUGUGAGAUGA